AGGAGCGCAGGUGUGAUUGUGUCCAUUCCCGUCUGUCUUUUUCUUUUCCUUUCUUUUCUUCUCUCUCCCUCCCAAGAGGCUUGCAGUGGACUGGAAUACGCUUGGCAACUUAACACGGUCCAAUUGAAGUCAGGAGGGAAGAAGAUUGUCAAAAAACAACCCCAUUUUUUAAUCUCACAGAUUCCUGGAGGAAACGCCUGCCACCAUGAAGAAAUCUUUAUACACAGGACGGUCGUCCAGCGCGCGAUCAAGGAGGACAGACAAAGAUAGCGGCAGCCUCCUCAGCCCUGCUCUGAAACGGUCAUUUGAAGUGGAGGAAACGGAUUCAUCCACGCACCACUCGCCUCUGUCCCGUCGCACCGCCAACAAUCCCCUCCGCUCAUCGCUCUCCUCCACGUCCAGCCAGAGGAGUUAUGACCUUAGUUCCCGCAACUCUGACUACUACUCCCCCAAAUCAUCUCCCUCCGCCGACGCCUCCAAUCCACGCUCCCCCAAAACGGGCAUGAGGCGUAUGGAGUUAUCGGGGGCCCGCAACCCCGACGCGGCGGCGGCGGCGUCUUCUCGCCGCACGGAAAUCUCCAUCGAGGUCUCCUCCAAGCAGAUCGACAACUCGCCCAGUGCCGGCAUCACUCGUUUUGGCCUCAGGCGACCCGAGGCGAGCCUGGGCAGUCGGAGCACCCCGCCUGACGGUUCCCCCAAUCCCGUCUCCGGUUCCACAAGCAGGCGAGCCAACGAGCCACCCGCGCCUCCCAGGAGGAUGGACUCCCAGCCCUCGUCCGUCGCGCCCGUCUCUCGGAUCCCCGAGCCGCUUCAGAGAAGAGCGGAGCAGCAGCAGCAGCAGCAGCAGCAGCCGUCGUCCACCUUCGGCGCGGUGGAGGUGACCCGGAGGCCUGAGAUUCCCAGCUUCAGACAAGCAGACGCAGGAGUGGAGAACAACAACCACCUGCCACCUCCUGCGCCCAGUGCGCCUCUGCCCUGCCUGACUGACGGCGGCAGCAGCAGCAGGAGCAGGGUGGACUGGCUGCCAGACACCCCCAUGACGACUCCACCUACAGAACGCUCAGAGGUGAUUUGCAGCUACACCAGCAGCAGCAGCAGCAGCAGCAGCAGCAGCAGCAGCAUCGGCAGCAGCGCCAUGACCGACACGGCCGUGCCUGACGCCACGGUGGCGGCGUACAGCGACAGAGCACCCACCGGCCCGGUGGUGGACUUCACUUACGUGGGGAUUGACGCCAUCUUGGAGCAGAUGAGGAGGAAGGCCAUGAAGCAAGGCUUUGAGCUCAACAUCAUGGUUGUAGGACAAAGUGGCCUGGGCAAGUCUACUCUGAUGAACACGCUGUUCAAGUCCAAAGUCAGCCGCAUGUCUGUGAUGGCCACCGCCCAGGAGAAGAUCCCCAAGACCAUUGAAAUCAAAUCCAUCAGUCACGACAUCGAGGAGAAGGGGGUGAGAAUGAAGCUGACGGUUAUUGACACACCUGGCUUUGGAGAUCAGAUCAACAAUGAGAACUGCUGGCAGCCCAUCAUGAAAUUUAUUAACGACCAGUACGAGGCAUAUCUGCAGGAGGAGAUAAACAUCAACAGGAAGAAGAGGAUCCCGGACUCCAGAGUCCACUGUUGCAUAUACUUCAUCCCGCCUACUGGACACUGUCUGCGGCCUCUGGACGUGGAGUUCAUGAGGCGUCUCAGUAAGGUGGUCAACAUCGUUCCGGUUAUUGCCAAAGCGGAUACGCUCACCUUAGAGGAGCGGGACUUCUUUAAAAAGAAGAUCAGGGAAGAGCUGCGAGCCAACGGGAUCGACAUCUACCCUCAGAAAGAGUUUGACGAGGACACCGAGGACCGAACGAUCAACGAGAAGAUCAGGGAGAUGAUUCCGUUUGCCGUCGUGGGCAGCGAUCAAGAAUACCAAGUCAACGGCAGGAGGUUGCUGGGGAGGAAGACCAAGUGGGGAACCAUUGAAGUGGAAAACAUAGCCCACUGCGAGUUUGCCUAUUUGCGGGAUCUACUCAUCAGAACCCACAUGCAGAACAUUAAGGACAUCACCAGCAGCAUCCACUACGAAGUGUACCGCGUGAGGCGCCUCAACGAGAACAACACGGCCAUGACUCACAGCAACGGCGUGCCCGACCAUCACCUCACCGCCCACGAGAUCUAGAAGCGACCCGAUUCAAGACUCAAGUCCCUUAUUUGCCCCUUUCCAUACAGAAACAAGCCAGCCUGCCGAGAGUGGCUGCUGUCGUUUGCUUCCGGUGACUUUUUCUUACAGUGGUGGACAACAAGAGUGAGACGAUGUCAUCAUCUUUUUUUUUCUUUUUCCUACCCACAGUUGCUGCAACUUUUACUUCAUUUUUUUUUUUUUCUUUUCAUUCUAACACCAACAAUCCUUCUGGAUUCACUCCAAGUGCCAAAAAGGAGCUGACACUCCAAACUAAUCAUCCACCUUUUUAUCUUUACCGCGUGUCUCGUAAGGUCGUCUUUGGGUGCACGACAAAAAUGGCACAUAUGUCUGCCUUGCGCUCAUUUCCUGCCACAAAAUGCGUUUCUGCUUUGGUUACACGUGGGUGGCUUCCUGUUAAACAUGGAUGGACAUUGGGACCUUGGUGUCGUUUGAAUUCCGAGUUCAAAGUGCCACUGUUUUUAUUCUGGGAAAAAUAUCGAAUAAGAGUGACUACGUAUUUAUGCGCCCACCGUGUCAAAUGUGAAUAUUGUCGGUCCAUUUCUUCACAUCAUUUCCAAAACAGUCGUGCGAGGCUCAGUCGACGGAGGAUGUUUAGGAUGCAGCGUUGCCUGCAUUUAAACACGCACACAUCAUAAAGCCCAUUUGAGUCAAUUUAGCGAGCGUCUAUGCCACUUUCAUUCUUGCUUCCUUCCACCCUGCUGUCAUAUUCUUGUGUAUUCUUUCUGGGCUUUUUUUACCUGUAUUAUUGAUAACAAAGUGUCCUUUAUCUUAUUUUAAGAAAUAAAGAUUGUUGUAAUUAUG